GGCAGGGCCGGCCCCAGCGCCAGCGCCGGCCGCGGCUCGGCGCGGCUCAGUGUGGGGGUGAUCGGGCGGCGGCGUGGCCGGGCCGGGGGAGCGGGCGCUGCCCGGCGGCCUCAGCAUGGAGGACGGCUUCUCGAGCUACAGCAGCCUGUACGACACGUCCUCGCUGCUCCAGUUCUGCAACGAUGACAGCGCUUCUGCUGCCAGCAGCAUGGAGGUGACAGACCGCAUCGCCUCCCUGGAGCAGCGAGUCCAGCUGCAGGAGGACGACAUCCAGCUGCUCAAGUCGGCUCUGGCCGAUGUGGUUCGGAGGCUGAGCGUCACUGAGGAGCAGCAGGCCGUGCUCAGCAGGAAAGGGCCUACCAAAGCAAGACCACUGGUGCAGACCUUGCCUUUAAGAACCACGGUCAACAACGGCACUGUGGUACCAAAGAAACCCAGUGGCUCCCUGCCAGCGCCCCCGGGGGCCCGGAGAGAGCCCGCUGUGCCUGCCGCCGCCAAAAGAUUAAACAGGUCUGUGAGCCUUCUCAGUGCUUACACACUGAACAGAUCACCGGCCAGUACCGUCAAGAGGACCAGCUCAUCUGAACGGGUAUCUCCUGGCGGUCGAAGGGAAAGCUAUGGGGAUUCCAAAGGGAACCGGAACCGCACAGGAUCCACCAGCAGUUCUUCUAGCGGCAAAAAGAACAGUGAAAGCAAACCCAAGGAGCCGGUCUUCAGCGCAGCACUUCUGUCUCUGUCUCCGAAAUCCCAAGGGAAACGCCGGGUGACGCACUGCAAAGAAGAAGGAUAUGUAAAAAUGUUUCUUCGUGGACGCCCUGUUACCAUGUACAUGCCCAAAGAUCAAGUGGAUUCUUACAAUUUGGAAGCAAAAGUAGAACUGCCAACCAAGAGACUGAAGCUGGAAUGGGUCUACGGGUACAGGGGUCGAGACUGCCGUAAUAACCUGUACUUGCUCCCGACGGGCGAGACCGUCUAUUUCAUCGCAUCAGUGGUCGUGCUAUACAACGUGGAGGAGCAGCUUCAGAGGCAUUACGCGGGCCACAAUGACGACGUGAAGUGCCUUGCAGUUCACCCCGAUAGGGUCACAAUAGCCACAGGACAAGUCGCAGGCACGUCCAAGGAUGGAAAACAGCAGUUACCCCCACAUGUGCGCAUCUGGGAUUCCGUGACGCUGAACACGCUGCAUGUCAUCGGAAUCGGGUUUUUCGACCGAGCCGUCACCUGUAUUGCGUUCUCAAAAUCUAAUGGAGGCAGCAACCUCUGUGCAGUGGACGACUCCAACGACCACGUGCUGUCCGUGUGGGACUGGCAGAAGGAAGAGAGGCUGGCGGACGUCAAGUGUUCGAACGAAGCUGUAUUUGCCGCGGAUUUCCACCCCACUGACACCAAUAUAAUCGUGACCUGUGGAAAGUCCCACCUCUACUUCUGGACGCUAGAAGGAAGCUCCCUUAUUAAGAAGCAAGGAUUGUUUGAGAAGCAGGAAAAGCCAAAGUUCGUCCUCUGUGUGACUUUUUCUGAAAACGGUGACACCAUCACGGGAGAUUCAAGUGGCAACAUCCUGGUAUGGGGAAAAGGUACGAAUCGAAUAAGCUACGCGGUUCAAGGGGCCCACGAGGGCGGUAUUUUCGCACUUUGUAUGUUAAGGGACGGCACGCUUGUGUCGGGAGGAGGCAAAGACCGCAAGCUCAUUUCUUGGGAUGGAAAUUACCAGAAGCUUCAUAAAACUGAGAUUCCAGAACAGUUUGGCCCCAUACGGACAGUGGCCGAAGGAAAAGGUGAUGUGAUAUUGAUAGGCACGACCAGAAACUUUGUUCUGCAGGGCACACUGUCGGGGGACUUCACACCCAUCACUCAGGGUCACACUGAUGAGCUCUGGGGACUGGCCGUCCAUGCCUCCAAACCUCAGUUCUUGACCUGUGGGCACGACAGGCACGCCACCCUGUGGGACGCUGUGGGUCACCGGCCCGUCUGGGACAAAGUCAUAGAGGAUCCAGCUCAGUCUUCUGGUUUUCAUCCUUCAGGGUCUGUGGUUGCAGUCGGAACACUGACUGGGAGGUGGUUUGUGUUCGACACAGAAACAAAAGACUUGGUCACCGUCCACACGGAUGGAAAUGAACAGCUCUCCGUGAUGCGUUACUCACCAGAUGGGAAUUUCUUAGCCAUAGGCUCCCACGACAACUGCAUCUACAUAUAUGGAGUCAGUGACAACGGGAGGAAGUACACGCGGGUCGGCAAGUGCUCGGGUCAUUCCAGUUUCAUCACCCACCUGGACUGGUCUGUCAACUCACAGUUCCUCGUGUCGAAUUCCGGAGACUACGAAAUCCUCUACUGGGUUCCUUCUGCCUGUAAGCAAGUCGUGAGCGUGGAGACCACGAGAGACAUCGAGUGGGCCACAUACACCUGCACAUUGGGCUUCCACGUCUUCGGAGUGUGGCCAGAAGGCUCGGAUGGAACGGACAUCAACGCCGCCUCUCGGGCCCACGAGAAAAAACUCCUGUCGACCGGCGACGACUUUGGCAAAGUGCACCUGUUUUCAUACCCUUGCUCACAGUUCCGGGCUCCCAGCCACGUGUACAGUGGGCACAGCAGUCACGUCACCAACGUCGAUUUCCUCUGCGAUGACAGCCACCUCAUCUCCACCGGCGGCAAAGACACAAGCAUCAUGCAGUGGCGGGUCGUGUAGUCCCGGCAAGCCCCGGGGGACACAGAACGGCCGGGGGGCUCAGACUCGCGUCUCGCUCGGUCACUGUGAUUUCUGCUUUGUUUGCAACGUCCUCAUAAACCUCAGGAAAACCAUGCCCUUUACCGGUCACCUUAGCUUAGCGGAUCGGUGAGCGUCACAGCGGGUCAGCCGUUCAGGUCUCUCUUUCGUUGUACGAUAUAUGAAACAUUUAAUAUAAAAAAGAUGCCACGGUUUACGUUACAGUGACAUUGAGAAGUGACUGGCGUAUCCUUCGUAACUUUUCUAUGAACUCUUCAAAAACAGUCACAGAAUGCCUUUUUCAAAGAUUGUAUAUAGGCUUUAGUGUCUCGCCAUCGAGCUUGCUGAGUCAAAUAUUUAUGAUAACGAGGUACUGAAUCGUGAUCACUGUUGAUUAAUUGGUCCUAAAAGGAUAAAUCAAUGGAGAGAAGCAAAUGGAUAACUGAUCUGCACAACUGAAUCAGGAAAUGCAAAUAAGACUUUAUUUGGUUGACAUUUUCUAAGGUUUUGUUCAGUCGUCCCUCUGGGAGGCUGGUGAGAAAAGGGGUCAGGUUCUCGUGUCAAGCAAAUUCUGCCUCAGAUUAACUUAACUAUUGCAGCAGCGUACCCAGGCCUUUUGGAGUCCCUGGACUGUCUGCCUAACCACAUGCAGUCAGCCGCUUAACGCUACACCAGUCUCAUCCCCUCUGUCCCCCACCCGGGUGAGUGGUGGAAGCAGUUGGCCACCUUCCUCUGUAUAUUAAUUGGCAUGAUAUGGUAUUGUAUAGGAUUUUAGCAAUUCAUAAUAAAUACGUCAGGCUAGGCUUUACUAUUUUAAUGCUUAUGGACAUUGUAUAUUUGUAUUUUAAGACCAAGUAGACCAAGUCACAAAGGUCUCUCUCUAGCGUACCAUACACCCGUGGCCGGGAGAAGUCUGGAAGGCUCCACCAGGUUCUGAAGGCAGCUUCUCUUCCUGUCUUCUGUGCAUGGACGGCCUGUUCCACUAUGAACUAAGACUGCACUCCGAUGGGUAACGCAAUAGGUGGCUUACGUUGUCAAGAAGGCCUUAUCCAUUUCGAUUGUGUGACAGAUUGAAAUCUAUUGUUUACAUUGGGGAAUGUAUCUCAGAUUUUAAAACAGAAGAGUAAUAAACAGACUUCAAGGCGAGUAUUAAGAUUUCUACUUGUUCUAGGCAAGUACGUGAAUUGAACCGUCAGCUCUACAGCACUGCUUGUUUAGAGUGGCCGAUGAAGCUGGACAUUGGGAAGCAUUUUUUAUGACAUCUCCAGCCUGCCGCGGAAGUGCCGGGCACCAGUAAACAAUAUGUAUUAAAGAUGAUUCUGUUUGUAUGUAUCCUUAUCAAAUAUAUUCUAUAAUGAAAUAAAAUCUGAAAAGUGAAUUUCUUAUUGAACCUAUAAUCAUAAAAGUAUAUAAAUUAAAAUAUUUAAAAUUA